UUGGUCCUUGGCGGGGGAGCCAUGGCCGAGAGGCGGCCGGCCGGCCGGCCCGGCGAAGACGAGGAGGUGCCCGCCUUCUUCAAGAACCUGGGCUCCGGCAGCCCCAAGCCAAGGCAGAAAUUCUGCGGCAUGUUCUGCCCGGUGGAAGGCUCCUUGGAGAACAAGACCAUCGAUUUCGAUUCCCUGUCGGUGGGACGCGGCUCCGGCAAGGUGGUGGCCCAGCAGAGAGACGUGGCCCACCUGGGGGCGGACCCCCACUCCCCCUACUCCAGGAAGGGCGGGGAGCCAGCUGUUGAAUUCGGGAGGAAGGUGGAGAUCCGGGCGGCCACGGGCAAAGAGGCGCUACAGAACCUUAAUGACCAGAGCGAUCGUCUUUUGAUCAAGGGUGGUAAAAUAGUUAACGAUGACCAGUCUUUCUACGCAGAUAUUUACAUGGAAGAUGGGUUGAUAAAGCAAAUUGGAGAGAAUCUGAUUGUGCCAGGGGGAGUGAAAACUAUCGAAGCCCAUGGCCGGAUGGUGAUCCCGGGGGGAAUUGAUGUCCACACCCGUUUCCAGAUGCCGGACCAGGGAAUGACCUCUGCUGAUGACUUUUUCCAAGGAACCAAGGCUGCCCUGGCUGGAGGCACCACAAUGAUCAUUGAUCAUGUAGUUCCAGAACUGGGCACCAGCUUGCUCAGUGCCUUUGACCAGUGGCGAGAAUGGGCGGAUAGCAAGUCGUGCUGCGAUUACUCUCUGCACGUGGAUAUCACGGAGUGGCAUAAAGGGGUGCAGGAGGAGAUGGAAGCUCUGGUGAAAGAUCAUGGUGUGAAUUCCUUCCUGGUUUACAUGGCCUUCAAAGAUCACUUCCAGCUCACAGAUUCCCAGAUUUACGAAGUGCUAAGCGUAAUCCGUGAUAUAGGUGCCAUAGCUCAAGUUCAUGCUGAGAACGGUGAUAUCAUUGCUGAGGAGCAGCAAAGGAUUCUGGAACUGGGAAUCACGGGCCCUGAAGGGCACGUACUGAGUAGGCCUGAAGAGGUGGAGGCGGAAGCCGUGAAUCGGGCAAUCACCAUCGCCAACCAAACCAACUGCCCCCUGUACAUCACCAAGGUGAUGAGCAAAAGUGCCGCCGAUGUGAUUGCUCAGGCCAGGAAAAAGGGCACCGUGGUCUAUGGGGAGCCCAUCACAGCAAGCCUGGGAACCGAUGGGUCUCAUUACUGGAGUAAGAACUGGGUCAAGGCAGCGGCCUUUGUCACCUCCCCACCACUGAGUCCUGACCCUACCACGCCUGAUUUUCUCAACUCCCUGCUGGCUUGCGGAGACCUCCAGGUAACUGGCAGUGCCCACUGCACCUUCAACACUGCCCAGAAAGCUGUUGGAAAGGACAACUUCACCCUGAUCCCUGAAGGAACCAAUGGGACUGAAGAAAGAAUGUCCAUCGUCUGGGAUAAGGCUGUGGUGACUGGUAAAAUGGACGAGAACCAGUUUGUGGCUGUGACCAGCACCAACGCCGCCAAGAUCUUCAACCUGUACCCGCGGAAGGGCCGCAUCGCGGUGGGCUCUGACGCUGACCUUGUCAUCUGGGAUCCUGACAGUAUCAAGACAGUCUCUGCCAAGACUCAUAACAUAUCGCUGGAGUACAAUAUCUUCGAAGGCAUGGAGUGCCGGGGGUCUCCGCUGGUGGUUAUCAGCCAGGGAAAGAUUGUGCUGGAAGACGGCAACCUCCAUGCAACUGAGGGCUCCGGACGGUACAUCCCCAGGAAACCAUUCCCUGACUUUGUUUACAAGCGCAUUAAAGCCAGGAGCAGGCUGGCUGAGCUGCGGGGCGUCCCUCGGGGCCUGUACGACGGGCCCGUCUGCGAAGUAUCUGUGACACCGAAGACUGUCACACCAGCAUCCUCGGCCAAGACGUCUCCAGCCAAACAGCAGGCCCCACCUGUCAGGAACCUGCACCAGUCUGGAUUUAGCUUGUCUGGUACAUACUUAUGUGCCCAGAUCGACGACAACAUCCCCCGCCGCACCACUCAGCGCAUCGUGGCGCCGCCCGGUGGACGUGCCAACAUCACCAGCUUGGGUUAAGAAACGAAAUCCCUCUGAGGCCGCCUAGCGGACCAGGGGAGGGGGCGGGGUCUCUGGAGACCCUUUUGAUUCUUUUAGAGCCUGUGACGGUUACUGCGGGCAACCACCGUGGGGCUCCGCUAGGGUGCCACUUUCAGUCCCCUCAGUCUGCCCUCUUCAUUGUCAGCCCACUCACUCCCACCUCUCCCCCGAUCCCUCCACAGUCAAAGAAACAAACGCCAUCUGACACGCUGGACAUGCAAAACUUCACUCUCAAGAGGGUGUUUGAGGUGUGGCCUCCGUUCCCCCUUAAACAUCUUUUCUUUUGACAAAGGAAGGAUAAAGUGAAUUUCCCGGGAGCUGCCUUUUAAAAAAAAAUUGCUUUCUGAGACGUCCAACAGAGCCGUAACUCAAGGGGUUUUAAAUUGCAGAUUGCUUAGGGUCCUGACCUGCAACAGCACAGCUAAAUAAGGAUGGAGGGAUACAAGGCUAAACUUACAUCAGCAUUCCCCCAUCACGAUCAAUCUGUGUUGUUACGGAUAGGAACCUGUGCUAGAAAUUGACAAAUAGCCUCUUAUCCGUUCGGGUGGAGAUUUUGUUUUUCCUUCUGGAUUUUUCUGCAAAUUGGAUCUUGGAGGAAAUUUUACAAGUUGAGUGUCGUUUGCAUUUUGUUUUAUUGUUUUGUCCCCUUGUGUUGGCGGAGUCUUAUCUCAAGAGUGGACAUCCCUGCCCCCUUCUCUCUUCCCCUCCCUGCUUCAUUUGUGUCAUUGCUUUUUGACCUUCACCAGCACCAUCAUCACAAUCAUUUGGUUGUAGGGAGUUCUCAUAGCAUCAUUUCAGCAAGCCCUUGAUACUUUUGUUAGUUCAUAGACAUGUGUAGGCCUCAAAGCUAAGCUCCGAUCUCCCUCAAAAUGUCACAGGCCCUCAGCUGGUGUCAAUCAUCCUAGUUCCACUAAAGGUGAGACUUAAUUGACACCAGCUGAAGUUCUGAAACAGUUUCAGGAAACCCUGGCUUUCCAAUUGGAGGUGAAGUGCCGUGAGCUGAGGUUUUAGUCAGUAGUUCAUUUGGCAGUAUGUUAAAUUCAAUAGCCGCUCCCAAUAUUCCCUCUAAUUUUUCCAUCCAGGUGCAGAAUAAAUUUUGUUGUGUGCACUGAGUCAUGUGGGGAUGUGCACCACCAAUAGGGACACACACUGCUGGCUGUGGGUGCUGAGUAGCACCUAAAACUCUCCUGGGCAUCUGCCCAAGAGCUCAGCUUACAGGGAAUAGUGGCCACUCCUCUUUGAGGAUCAGAUGAAUAGCAGAACUGAGAAGAGCACUCUUAUCAUAGAUAAAGAAUCUUCCUUAGUAUCACGUAAAGAUGCCCUCACUCCCCUAGCAGAAACCUAGAAUAGCAGUUCCAUUUCCAGGGUCAGAGGUAUAGCUGGUGGUAGCAAGGCUGAUUUAUGUUAGGAUUUUGCUGGUGAUUUGGAAAUGGUUAUACAGUAGGUCACGGCACAAGGGCAAAUUUCACCCUAAAGCAAACACCCAGGAAAAGGCCUAUAUUUAUUCCACCCUGACUCAGUGGUAGGUCUUUGUCCUUAUCUACUCGCCAAACUCCAUAUAGAGAAUACGUAGUACCUGUGAGCUCAGGCCAGAUCGUCAAAGGUUUUUAGGUGCCUAACUCCCUUGGAAAGCAGCGAGAGUUAGACACCUUGGGGGGACUGGUUGUGCUGAUCCUUUAGCUCAGAUGAUGGAUGAUCCUGGUUUCAGAUCCAGAGGGCAGUUGGCUCAUAUGCACCAUUUAAGUCCUACUCAAGCUGUAUUUUGAGGGGUUGGGGCCUUGAGCUGGUUCUUUGCACAGGGGGUAACGUUCACCCAUUGUCACAGCAUUUGCCUUCGCCACCUUUUUGUCCCCUGAAGCAUUGUUGGAGCCACGGUGGUCCCAGGAUAUGAGGGAGACAGGGUGUUUGAGACAAUAUCUUGGUCCAAUAAAAGAUAUUACCUCACUUACCUUGUCGUUGUGUCCCCUGGUAUUCGUGGGUGGCAUCUGCUUCUUCUGUUUGCAUUUUCCCAUGUGCAUUAACUUUAUUUUUCCGUGUUUUAAAAACAGGUAAAAUAGUGUUUCUAGGUUCUUAAGGAAAAUAGAUAUAUGCAGGCUUUUAAAAACUAAAACCCAAGUCUGCUUUUGUAACGUAUCAAAGCUGGGAUUUUCCAAGUAAUCUUACAGCAGUUUAGGUACCUAAGUCCUAUUGGAUCUCAACAUCUAACUCCUUCAAAAAUAUCAGCCUUAAAAAAUAGGUCAGUAUGUUUAUUUGUCCAGCCACGUUUGAUUUUGGUUUAACUCUUGGGUCUUUUGUUCUUCGUAAAAGAGAUUGCACUUUUUUGUUGAAGUAAAUCGUAAACCUAAUAUAUACUGCAGCUGGUUUUUUCCACCUGUACGUUGAAAUAAAUUUGAACAAGUUGGGGAGAAAAAAGAAACAGUCGUUUCAAUUUUACGAAACAUUUGCAGCUCUUCAGUAUUCACUUGAGUCUUCCUUGUUCUUUUUUUCCCCCUUCACUGACUGACUUUUCAGGUAGAUUUAUUCAUUCAUUACAAAGAGAAAAAAAUAAAAGAUUUUUGCAGGCUAUGUAAGCAUGUUUUUCUGUGGGAGCUCAUUUGCGUUGUGUCCGUUUAAUGAAUGUCAUAUGUAAAUGCUUAAAGAAAAAUAAGACUGACAAUUAACCGCAGUGACUUGAAGCUCUUAAAAAAAUGUAGGAUUUAAUGCUAGCUGGAUUUAACCCUUGGAUUUGUGAUUGUGAACUAUGAGAGGAGGAACUGUAAGUGCUAAAGCUGAUCAUGUGUGUAGACAAAAAGUACUGAUAUUUGACCAUUGUCUCAAUGGCAGACCCCACCCCAAAAGUCUUGUGUUUUAUUCCUUACCAGUUGUGUUAUAUUACCAUGGGAACGCGUAAUAAAGACAAAAUGUUGUGGUUCCA